AUGGAUUACGAAGAGAUUCUAUUCGGUUUACAACCGAUUCUUAAUGCAUCGUCAAUUAAAGAUGUGCCGAUGAACGAUGUUUACCUAGAGAGUUACCUAACCGUGAUGGACCAAUUGGCUGUUUCAUUGAGGGAGCCGACUAAUAGAGAUAUUGUUGGUAAGACGGGGCUACUAUCAAACCUGGUAAUGGUGUUAGAACAAACACUUGAUUUUUGCUUUCAUGACACGAAUAUAUCUAAUAAUGAUAAAACUGCUUUAUAUAAGAUCAGUUCCGAAAUGAUUAGAUGUAUUGCUAAUGCAAUAAGUGACAAUGACAAUAAUCGAGAAAUUCUUUCCUGUAUAGAGGGAAGGAAACUUCUCAACUAUUAUAUAGGUGGGAUACUAAAAUUAAGUCAAAUUUCUUCUGACGAUACCGAGUACAGUUUGCUAGAUGAACUGCAGAUGAGGUCGGUUGUGUUAUUAAGAAACUUUUGCAUUGGAAAUGUCACAUUUACAAAAAAGGUGGCUUCAUUCAUCAGAGGUCCAUUAUUUAUCAUGUUAAAGACCACCCAGUAUACCUAUUUGACAUCUCCCGACAAAGUUACUUUGGGGUCGGAUUUAUUAAACAGUCUUUUACAAGUCAAUUAUAAAAAUGUCCCGAUCAAUGACCUAUUGUUCUUAAGCCAGAAUAUCAAAAAAAUUUCUUCUAACAUGAAAAAUGAGGAACUGCCAGUAAUGGAAGAUGAAACAUUUAAAGUCCAUUCUUGUACUGACACCCGAGAGUUCACUAGUCAAAACGUUAAAGACGAGGGGGAAGAAGAAGACGAAGAAGAAGUUAAUUGUGAGUUGCUCUUAAACCUAUCAGCAUGUCUAGAGACCAUAGUCGUAAAAGAUGAAAGUAUUGACUUUACAAAUGAAGAAGAUCUUGUGCUUAAUGUACAAAAGAAUCUAUUAUUGUCAUUAGAUUGCUUAGAAUUGAAAACAUUCAAUGAUAAGCUUAUUGUAAUGAGAAGACUUGUAUCAUGUGCUGGAAACAUAUCCGCUAAUUUAACUAACUCAAACAAGAUAGAGCAGCCAUUAUGCAUCGAGGUCAUCAGGAGCUCCCCAGGGAGUUAUGCUUCUGCUGCUGCCUUGAUUAUUUUAUGUAAUUCUGUUACAUCCAAGACUGAUGCGGUCGCAUUAUUGAAACUCGUAUCUCUUACCGAACUGGUUGCGGUCGGCAGCUCAUUCAAAGACCCAUUUCAAUACCAAGGUCUUCUAGACUUGCUAAGAAAGCUGCUAAACCUAGAAAACGCAAUGUGGUUGGAUGUCAAAGAUCUUUCUACUUUGUUUUCAAUUAUGAAAAAGUGUCACGAACAAGCUAAAUAUUAUAACCACUUGAGACCGUUACUAUCAAAAUUAUUAAACAAAGCUCUAGCGGUACUACCGAGUUCAAAACUGCGAAGCUUAAUGGACAAUGAUUCAACAAUCAUGCCUUUUAUAGCAAAACAUGGAACAUUAGCGUCCUGCAUUGCAAUGGAUAAGCUACUAGUUUCUACAAAGGCCGACCCUGCAGAAUGUUUUACACCAUUAUGGGAUUCAAUCUUCACAUUCCAAAAUUUAGGUCAACCAGAACAACUGCCUAUCUCCGAUUUGUUUCAUAUUACAAAAACAGUUGGAAUUUACUUGAAGGAUUCAAGUGCGGCGACUAAAGUCAAUCCGGUUGAAAAUAUAUUAGUCAAAAACUAUGCUGAAAAACUAAUUAUAAUAUUAGAGACGAUUCUCUCACUAAAAGAAAAUCAAGAUAAAGGUAGUGAAAGCUGCUUCAACAAUGGGAAAUUUAUGGCCGGUAUGAUAUUAGAAAUUUUGAAAAACACUGUAUACUUGACGCCAGAAGAAGUCAAUUUAAAAGAGCUUGCCAAUUCGUUCUUCUAG